UCAUUUUAGGAUUAGUUCACGUUAUUAACACUUUGCUGACCGCUCACGAGAUUUCUCGUGUUUCGCGUUCCGUCUGUUACGGAUGGAUCACGAAAUAACCAGUGCUUUCUACACUUGAAGGUUGAAUCCUUCAACUGUCAAAUAUAAAAAAUAAUAAAUAAAACAGAAAUUUCUCUCACGGUAACCAUUUUGACGUAAUUUUGUGCGCAUCGUAUUUAAGGACUUUCCCGUGACAUUUAAAUUAUUCGUCCUGAUAUCUUCGACAAAUCAUCAGUUUGGACAACUGUUUACAUAUUCAAUGAGAGGUGAACAGGUAUUUUGUAUAAGAAUAAGCUCAGCUUGAUUCAUACAUGUAUUUACUAUUUCAAUAAUGAUUUAAACAAAUUUAGAUGAGGAACAACGCAUAAAUCUAUCCCAUUUAGCAUGAUAUGUGUAAUUGUUCAUUUUACCACCACCAUGUGAUCAUUUUAACCGCACGAUAAAAAAAUGCUCAAUUUUACAUCUGAAAAAUGUACAGUAAAACCUGUUUUUGUGCGAAUUUUUUUUGUGCGAUUGUUUUUGUGCAUUCAAUUUUGGUCAUAUGACCACCACGGGCCCGUUUACAGCGAUCGAUCCGUUGGACCCAAUUUUCCACUACUCGUCACACAAAGACACAAAACUGUCGCUAAUGGAUGACCAUUUAUAUCUCUUAUUCAGAUGCAACCUCCAAUAUGUACAAACGAUCAUUUGUUCCAUGUUUUUGAUUCUAAAUUUAAAUUUAGUUAAAUAGAUGUUAAGCACAGUUCCCGUAGAUACGUAGAUGAUCUGUUCAGGGAUCACUGCUACCUGUAAAUAUGGUACCGACAACAUUCAUUACGUAAUUACAAGCAUUAUGAACGGUAGCAAUAAGAAUCGUAUCUAGCUACCCUCUUGACUCCAGGUACAGACUUUUCACAGUACCACAAAUAUAAAUAGCGAUGUAACACUGAAUGUAAUCAGUCAACUGUAAAAAGCAAUAGUGUACACAUCGCGGAGUCUCAUAAAAAUUCUCUUCAAAAUCUACAUUUUAAACGUGCUCUCAAUGGCUUUCAAUCAGCUCUCGCUAGAUGCACUAGUAUACCUUUUCAAGCAGCUAGAGCCGCAAGAUCGACUGCGGUGCUCAGAGGUGUGCCGGAGUUGGAACGAAGCUUUUUCCACCGUCGCGGUGUUAAGACGAGAUUUUAUUCUAAAAAUUCACUCGCACAAUGCUGGCGACAUUAGGAAUAUGCUGGAGCAUAGUAGCAGACGCUAUCGCCAGUUCAAGGCAGACCUGCGUGUAGAGAGCGGUGAUGGCGUCAUCGAAUGUCUGGCGGAGGUUGCUCACCAAGAGGACAUACAGUAUCUCUGGUUGAUCGGAGAGCCCGAACCGAUUCAACGCGGAAUGCAAUCGAUCUCGUUCGGCUCCGUAGUGGAGUUGAAGUUGGAGUUCCUGAAGGAGAAACGCAGGUGGAUGCAGUUAACCACGGAAGAGAUAGUCCUCGAGAACCUUAAACGGUUCCACUGUAUCCAGCUGCAGGGAAUGAACACAGCAAACGAAACGGCGAUUCAUCUGGUAGCUCCGAACCUGGAGGAAGCCAUCAUUGUUCUAAAGGGGCAAGAGAAAUUUUAUAAAUGCGAAUUUCCACUGGUUGAGUUGGAGGCUUGUUCAAAACUGAGACACUUGGAGAUCGAUUUGAAAGGCCUCACUUGGGAGACCUUCUUUGGUCUCGAACGGCCGCUCCUGGAGCGAUUGGUGAUUCGCCAAAUCGUCGACAAUGACCAUCGAGAUUGGAACACGCUAUUCGCUAACAUGCCGAAUCUGCGGUCGCUAGAAAUAUCGGGCCCGCAUGACUACAGAGAUUGUUUCAGGGCUUGCUAUUUUUAUGACGAUGGAGUUAACAUCGGUGGCUUAAAGGCGCAUGCGCUCGAGCGGAUGCACAUUCGGAACAUCCACAUACGGGGAACGGGUACACUUCAGUGUGCCAGCCUGAAGGAGCUUACGUUGACGGAUGUUAUGGUGGAGAAUGGCAACCUGACCCUGGUCGCACCCGUCCUCGCACGGUUGACAAUGCGUCAGUGUACAUAUUCUUUGCUCAGAGUUCACACCGGAAAUUUGCUGGAGUUCAUCGAAAUGGAUUGCUUCGAAAAUCAGUGCCAGGAAAUUAAGACCUUCUUCGAUUCUCUGGAAAAUCUGCGCGAGCUAAAGCUCUACAUCGACCGAGAAGCGAAGAUAAUUGUCUAUGAGUUUGGGAAUCUGCCAAGUUUGGAGCGACUGGAGCUGCAGUUUUAUGUCGAUAGUAAUCUGGAUGAUUUCGCCGCCUUGAGCCGAGCUAUCGGCAUUAACUGUCCGGUGAUUGAGAAGUUUGUGUUCCAGAAGAAACAGUUUUGCCCGUUCAAUUUGAAAUAUACGGUCUUCGCGCAGAUGUACAGAAUGAGGAAAUGGCAGCCCUUGGAAAUAAACCGUUAAUAGUUUAUUUGUAGCGUAGAGAUUAGAAACAAAAGACCAAAAUAAAUUACUCCGGUUUAACUCAAACCUCGUAUUUUUUAUUUCUUAUCGAAAAAUUUCAGAUUCGUAUCUUUUACCUCGCACUUAGAUACGGUCCUGAAUAUGGAUUUCCAGGAACUCAACUAUGCACAGUCUGCGGACAAAAAGUGUCCGAUUUUGAGCCCUGAGUUUUUUCUUUGAUAUAUUUAGGAAAAAAGUGACAAUUUUUUCACUUCGUUCAUUUUCCUUGUUAUUGGUCAUUGGCAUUGUCAUUGGUUCUAAAGUUUCUUCAAAUUUCUUUAAAAUAUUUUCAAUAUUCUCAUUUUUGGUAGAUAUUUUGUUUGUGGGAUUUCUUUUUUUUAUUUGACUUUUCUAGCCUAAAUCCUUAAAUAAAAAAAGAUUAUAUUUGUCGAUUCCAUUUUUUAACACUCAAAACAACCACUAUUCUCUAUCGAUUUUGCUCGAUUUAAUUUUUCUAUUUUACUAUUAUUUUUUGUAUUGCGCAAUGCUCUAAAAAUUGUGAAGAAAAUCACUAAUAUAGAAAACAUAUACGCACAUAUAAAUAAAACUUAGAACAGUACUGGGUCUCAAAAAAAAAAACAAAAAAAUUGUUUGAAUUUCGGUGAACCAAUUUUUUUUUUAAUUUUCGAUCAAAUAAUUUUGGCAUCACGACCAGGGUUGCCAUAAUAAAAUCGGUGUUUUUGUUUUCAAAAAAACUUUUUAUCUGAGUUUUUUCUCAGAAAAUCUGUAUCGAAAUCUGUAUUAACCCUUUGCGGUUGUGUGUCUGCUCUCAGUUACCACAGCAAAGAAGUAUACUAGUAUUAUAAUUUAUGCUACAAUGUAUUAGUUUAUUCUUUUUCGAAACGAAUUUUAAUGUCUUGUGAACUUAUUCACGAACCAAAACGGUGCUACUAUGAAUGAUAGAUAACUAGAUAAGAUACUUGAGGAAAGGUUAAUGGAAAGCUCCAUGUAUUGCAGCACUGUGAAAAUAAAAGCCGAAAGACGCCAAACUAAUUAUUUUUGUGAUACAUGCGAAAGAUAUCACACGAAGAAGAAUUAUAGCAUUUUUUUUAAACAUAAACAUAAAAACAUUGUUUAAUAAAAUCUUAUCCAAAGUUUACUAAAAAUAAAGCAACCUUGUUCAUCUUUCAUAAUCUAAUCAUUAAUCAAACUUAUACAUCACUGCUUUUCCAAGUAAAAAUAAAUAAAUAACACAUGUCGAAAUUUUAUACGACAGCAUACGACAGGGUUAAAUUUAUAAGUUCAAUUUUGAAGUAUAAUCAUAGCUUUAGUAUCAUUGAUUGGCAUAGUUAUUAUUAAUUUGACGAUGUUGAUGGUAUCCACGUAAAAAUUUGCAUUCACUGUGCUUUAGAAAACAGCAAAAAGAUAAACAGUGUUAUUUGUUUAUUGUAAAGCUAGCCGAUGACGCUGAUUUUUGCAUCUUUUCGUCUUAGAUUGAACAUGAGAAAGCAGUACUACACGCUACAUAUGGAUGCCAAAAUGACUCACAUUCAGACUGAUUCGAAUGUUAUACGAAUUGAAUUAAUGAGAUGAGAAAAAUAUUAUUGAGAUCAAGCCAUAACCAAUAUUGGAUCAUUAUUUUGAAAAAUCUGUAAAUCUGUAUGAAAACCCAAAAAAUCUGUAAUCUGUAUCUACAGAUUCUUGGUUUCAAAAAGUCUGAAAAAUCUGUAUAAAUGCAGAUUAUUCUAUAGAUAUGAUAACCCUGAACACGACGCUGCCCAGCAACCAUUAAAUCGAAUAACAUGUAUAUUCUAAGUUGUAUAUAAAGCGGGAUCGAAUCAGCGUCGUGCAUAAUGUCGAUCAAAGUAUACAUCGUGUAUAUCUAAAAUCGUAUUAAAUGCGAAAAACACGAUUUUCUUCAUCACGGCAGAUUAAGUCGUAAUUCGGUAUAGCAUCGGUUUUAUGAUAUACACUAUUCAUACCCAGCAAACAUUAAAUCGUAUAACUAGCGCAUAUAGGUCAUCACACGAGUAUAUCCCAUAUUUUGGGUGACAUAUGAUGAUGGAAAUUUUGUUAAAUUGCCCUGAUUGGAUUCAAACUCCACUUGUUUGAAUUAUCAAUGAGCAACUAUCUGAAAUAUUAUGCUGCAGCAGUUGGAACAGCAGAAUCGUCCGAUUCAGAUGCUAUGGGAUACGGCGUUCCUAGUUGUCUAUUUCGUGUAUUUAAUAACAUCCAUUCUGACCGCAUUUCUCUUCCUUCCGUUCGAUGCUCAGAGAUUCGUAGUAACGUUUAAUCACACGACUCAUCGUUGACUGCACGAUUCUGAGUUGUUUUCCGAUGUCCCGAUGAGAGAGUUGAGGAUUUUCCUGGUGCCAGGCGAUAAAAAUGCAAUGUAAACAAUACACUCUAAACUAUUUCUACCCAAAAUUCCGAGAGAAAAUACCCAGUAGGUAAUUUUUUACUUUACCUUGAAAGUAAAAAUAUUUUCUCAAUUCAGGUUUCGAAAAUCAAUUUUUAAUUAACGACACAAUAUUAUUAAAUUUUUCAUUUUUUUCAGUCGGGAAUUUCAUGAAAAAAGUUGGGAAAAAUGCGGGAAUUGAAGAAUCGAAAUUGAGUGGCCAUCCUGUUAUUUGCAAGUGAAUAAUAAAUCUUGAGCGAAAAUUGUGUCUGAAAAUAAAUGUAUAUUAUAAUGACGAGUUUUGGUAGAAGUAAUAGGAAAAUUAUAGUAAAAGGAAAUUGUAAAGGACCAAUCAGAAGAUCAAUCAAUGGCGAGUUCUGGGAUUGAACCGACGAACGCAUGGUAACGGCGUAAAUUCCUAAAACCGCGUGAAAAAAGCCGCGUUAAAAAUAGUAACGUAUAAAAAAACGCGUAAAAAGCGACUUCAGUGUAUUUGCAAGCGGUUUAAGAAUCUUGAACGAGAAUUAUGUCUGAAAAUGAUUUUGUAUUAUAAUGACAAGUUUUGGUAGAAGUUUAUAAUGGAUGUAAAUUGGAAAUUUAUAAUGGAUGUAAAUUGUAGAGGGUCAAAGGGUAAUCAAUCAAUGGAAAGUCCUGUGAUUGCACCCACGGACGCUCGCUUAGUAGGAAAAGGUAAAUGUUUGAAAGUAUGUAUUCAGAUCAAAAAAUCAAUUUUGGAUGGAGCGAAGUUCGCCGGGUUAGCUAGUUUCUAUAUUAAUUUCAUGAUAUUUUCACUGAAACAUAAUCAUAAGAUUUUUUUUGCCUUCAUUCUUCCU